AUGCAAAAUGGCAAAAGACGAAUUGGCGCUCGAGUUCCAUCGAACAAUUCAAGGAGUACUAAUCACAGCGAGAGUUUAAGCGAAUCGAUUAGUCUUCAAAGAUCCGUUGAAUGCCCAAUUUGUGGGUUGGAGUUACCAAACUUACAGUCCUUAAAUGAUCACAUAGACAUCACUCAUAUUACCCUGGAAGAAGAAACACAGCCAAAGCAUCAAGACUUUGUCAAUUCUUGGUUUUUGAGAACGAUCAAUGGAGCCACUACCCUGCACGCAAAAGCUGCCCAGCGGUUGCUGAAGCUGGAACCUUAUGAACAAAAUGGGGAUCAGACUGGUGCUAUCGGUAUUGAAGCUACAAAGCUUACGGAUCCGGUUAUUGCGAGAGAGCAUUGGCAACCAGAAGUUGCCGAUAUGAAAUGCUAUGAUCCCACUUGUGACAAAGUCUUAAAUUUUGUGAAUGGACGUAUCCAUUGUCGCAGGUGUGGUUAUGUAUUUUGCAACUAUCAUACUCUAUACCAAGCUAAGCUUUCGGUUUCAGCAGGUUAUGAUCCAGAUUUUGGAUUUUGGUCCCGCGUAUGCAAACAAUGUUACGAAAAUCGGCCAGGCUACGACGAUGUACAUGGCCAAUCUCGUUCUCGAUUUCCCACCUUCGAAAGCUUUCGGAAGCCGAUUGCUGACAAAAGGAGGAUCGAGUUUCUUCGUUUAGAGAAGCGCAUGCAGCGACUUCAAUUUCUAUGGUCCUCCGAAGAGGUAUCCGUUUUAGAUGCGUUACUGAAGAACAAAGCAAAGAAAAUGGAACAGGAAAUUGUAAAUUGGCAAGAAGACUCAGAGGUGGAAACGUGUCCUGAAUGUGAAAACGAGUUUACUUUAACUCGCCGUCGGCGGCAUUGUCGGUUAUGUGGAAGAGUUGUUUGUCGAUUCUGUGUGCUCGAAAUUUUGCAUUCGAAUCAUUUCCAAAAUCUUUUGAUUUGCAAUUCGUGCAAUCAAAAUUAUUUCAAAACCCUCGCCUUUCGAAAAGACAAGAAGCAUAUUCCGGGGUAUGUAUUACACAUCAACCAUUUACAGGUGUUUCGCCAUGCGCUUCAAAACUACAUCAAAUUAUACAAAGAAAACUUGGCAGAAUUACUGAGUGGAAGUGUAGUCACUCAAGAGUUGCUACGCAAAACGAAGGAAGUUCGUCAAAGAUUUUCAGACUUGUGCUUGAAGUAUGAAUCUACGAUCAAAAAAAUUUCCUCUUAUUCAGUAAAUACAGAAGACGAAGAACGCCUAAAACAUUGCAUAUGUGCCGAAGGAAAGAGCUUCUUACAAGAGACAGCUCUUCAUUUACAAGCUAUUCCUCGGCUCCAAGUUGGACAAAGCUGGUCUUCACAGAUGGAACAAGAUACACUAGCUAGGAAGAAAGAAGCUGAAGAAAAGCAAAAUGAAUAUAUGCAGAUGAAAAUCGUGAUAGAGGAACAAGUGUUCCUUGUUGAAGACAUGAUACGAAAGGCCAAACUUAAACGAAAGUUCUCCGAAGUAGAUACUCUAGUGCAAAGUUUAAGGCCUUUGCAGGAUGAAAUUCGGAAGCUUGAAGAAAGCAUUGAAGAACUGAAUGUAUCUUAA